AUGACAGUGAAUUUUGGAGCUGCGAAACAAGUGCUUGGUAUGCAACUAAUUCAAGAAAAUGGGAAGAUAUUCAUGAGUCAGAGGAAUUAUAUCGAGAAUUUGUUGGAGGCCUAUGGGAUGAUUGACAGUAAUGAAGUGAAUUCUCCAAUGGAUGUGAACCAAAAACAUAGUGAAGACGAAGGGAGUCCGAAAUGUGAUGAGAAGGCUUAUCGAGAAUUGUUAGGACGUCUAAUGUACCUCAGUGUAGCUUCAAGACCAGACAUAUCAUAUUCUUUAUGUAGCCUAUCACAAUUCAAUAAAUGCCCAAAAGCGUUACACUUGAAUGCAUUAAAACGUGUAUUGAGGUAUUUGAAGAAAACAAUGGAUUAUAAAGGCGAAUAUGGGAAGGAAGAUUCUGCGAAAGGAGAGAGAUGCGAAACUGAUGCAUAG